CACAAAUCCACAAUCAGGGAGACGUUUACUGACUCACAGUGAUGGAGGUCAACUUUACCACCCUGCUGGCAUGGCUGCUGGUCUGUUGCACCACUCAAGCACAGAGUCCAGAUCCACUUGAACCAUCAUCUUCACCUCCAACACCAACACCGUUCAUUUCUACAGCCGACAGCAAUGUCGCUGCCAUCGACUCCCAAACUACACCUGUUUCUGUGACUGAAAACACUCCAAGAAGCAACACAACUUCACCACAGACCAGCAAUGAUGAUGGUGCCACUUCAACACUUUCUACUCAGUCUAUAGACCCAAUGAUGGUCAGGACAGACCAGCCAACAGUCUCUACUUCAGCAUCCGAACCCACAUCUGUGGCCCAGAAUACAUCAGCUACCAUCACAACCAGUAAAGCUGGAAGCAGCAUCAACAGCAGCACCAGUUCAGCAGAUGACAUGAACUAUGUUGGUCAGAAUAUUUCAGGUCUGCUGUUAUGUACAACAUCCAUGUCAACAGGGGUACAAGCAGCUCUUAAUGAAACUGAAACAUCGCUGGAACCUUAUGUCACCUCCAGCACAUCUUGGACUACUGAAGCCGAAGCUACAUCAUCCACUGAUACCAGUCAAACUACCGACAGAAGCACAUCUAUCACAUCUGCAGUCACACAAUCCUCCACAUUAGAUAGCGCUAGCACAAACACCCCACACCCAACCACUCCAUCGUCAUCAUCAUCACCGUCUUCUCCAUCUCCAUCAUCCACAUAUAUCACAAGUCACUCUACUGAAGGGACUGAGUCUCAGACAACAGGAGAUACAGAUUUAACCACCACAUCAAGUAGCACCUUCAGCACCCCCAACACUGCCACUGCCCAGAUGAGUGACACCACUGAUGCAACUAAAACCACCAACACAGACAUUAACACCAGCACUGCCAUGAAUAGCAUCAUUACCGUCACCUCACAAACAAUCAGCUCAACCAGGAUCACCAAUGUACAAGCGACCACUGGUAUAACCACCCUGGAUAAGGAGGAAGACAAGUCUAACGCUCUGAGCUCAGGAAGUAUCACAGUUCUCAUUUUUAUGUUGGCCCUAGUGAUUAUUACAAUGUUUGGAGGGCUCUACUAUUACAGGAUCAGGCGGGCAUCGUCAUAUGGUACGCUACUAAACAGCAAUGAUCACAACAAUUUAGCAAACUUCAGCAACCCCAUGUAUGAUCCCUGAAUCUUAACAUUUGAUCUCCAAUCUCAGAAGUUCUGCAGACAGAUCCAGAAUGUGUGAAAACAAUUUGGAAGAGUUCAGGUGGUCUGAUUUUAGAAAUGAGAGACGCAGCCAUGAAACCUAGUUUUAUCCUUGCUCAGAAAGCCUACAUUGCUGUAGAAAGAAAUGUUUCAGCUUUGAGUUUUAGAUUUAUAAACAACUUUGGAUGCAAAAACUACAUUAAAAUGUCAUCCAGAUAAUCCACCUGGAAGGUCCUGAAUCCUCUCAGGUACCAUGAUUCAGAUGCUCAGGGGAGCUUGUUGAAAAGAAGAACAAGAA